AUGGCUGCUGAGCUGAGCGAAGUCGCCACUGGCAAGCAGAAGCAGAUGCCUUCUGACAACGGCGCCCGAAACCUUCUUUCUGACCUCGAUGACUUUCACCUGGUCUUCAACGAUGGCGAUCAAGGCGUGCAGAAACAAGCCGACGAAGAGAGUGGGAUGGAUUUCAUACUUGACACCAUGUUAACCCUCAACCUCGAUGCAACAAGCGGCGACAGCAGCCUAUACGAAACCUAUGAUACUCGUUUAGCAGCAAAAUACAACCCGCGCAACGUCACAGUGCUGCUCCGUGUGUGUUUCAACGACAAGUACGCAGCACCAACUUACAGUAUUCCCGGGCAUCGUGUGUUACCAAUGUGGCGCAACAUCCACUUCAUUGAGGAGCGAUUCCCAGUCACAUUCUCGAAAGUAUCCAAUGACAGCCUCCAAUACUCGCCCAUCCCUAUUGUCAGCAAACCCAUAUUCCUCCUCCAGGAGACCAGCUACCGAAAGAUAAAACUGCGUACAUCUCAAUGGAUCGGCACACUGUUUCCCCGCGACGGCCCAGCAUUUAUGCAGUGGCAGCAACGAAAUAUUCAAGUCGGUAAAGAGGCUGUGGUGAAGAUGGAAAUUCGCGUCCGAGCCGACGGCAUAACAGAGAAUUUCCGCUUCAUUCAGGAUGCAGGUGAAGCAAGAUCGUCACUCGAGGACCACAAAUAUGCCCAGCUGAAUCCAAGCUUAUCAAGCAACACGAUAUGUGACAUGCUCUACCGCAAAGGUCCUGCCCUUUCUGAAACUCUGACAGAGGACACUACCCUUGACUUCUUUCCCGAACGGCUUCGAAAGUACGGAUACAAGAGAGCCCGUUACUUCGAUCGGGCCGGUCCGGCAAAUCAACGAGAUCCAGGAACAGGUGCAACGGACAACACCAUGGGCGGCUUGAAGGCCGCGGCCAUGGAGUUAUGCCUGAGAUAG